AUGGAAAACGAUGGGCGGAAUCAAGUGUAUAAAGACACACCACCAUUAGGACUUCCGCAAAUGGGACCGCCCACAUCUUUGCGAACAUCGGUAUCGCCUCGUUUUGAUAAUCUUAUGGAUCGAUCGAAUUCCAUACCUUGGGCACCAACACCUUUGAAUGCAAAUUCACGCGGUCAAAUGAUGUCUGAUCGAACAUUAGUAAGUCCUUCAUUUGUAAAGUCAUCCACUACAUGGCAAAACAACAAUGCUUGGCAAAAUAAAAGUCUUAAUAAUUCAUACUCAAAACCAGUGGAUUCAACGUUAACGAAUAGUAAUUCGUCCAAUGCACGAAUGAUAUCCAGCUCGGAUGAAACAUGUAAUUGCAUGUCUACUAAAAUUUCGCCGCGGUGUAAACUCGGGAUACUCGGUUUUGUUAUUGGACUUUUAGGUGUUAGCAUACCAUUGGCUGUAGUGUUGGUUUUGUGGCUCAGAAAAUAA